CAUGCCACCAUAUGAGACCUGUGCUCAGAUUUCACAUGCCACAAUCACCACAAAAUCCACACUACCAAGAAAAUCUCCUCUGCUUCACUCUCCUUCUCCUUCUCCAUCUCCAUCUCCCUCCUCAAAACCCUAACCCUACCACCAUCCAAAAUGUCCCUCUCCUCCCCCAACCCUCUUCUCCUCCACCACCACCAUUCCCACCUCUCCUCCCUCCCCCCUCUCCCCUCCUCCUCCUCCAUCCCCAACCUCAAACCAAGAAGAAGAAUCAAAACCCUAACCCUCUCCCUCCACUCCUCUACCUCCUCCCCCAUCCCCACCCCAAACCCUAACCCCACUAUCCCCACCCCUUCCCCUUCCUUACGGUCCAAAAACCCUAGCGACGUCACCGUCCUCGUCACCGGCGCCACCGGCUACAUCGGCCGAUUCGUCGUCCGCGAGCUCCUCCGCCGCGGCUUCGCCGUCGUCGCCGUCGCCCGCGAGCGCAGCGGCAUCCGCGGCCGCGACGGCCCCGACCGCACCCUCUCCCUGCUCUCCGGCGCCUCCGUCGUCUUCUCCGACGUCGCCGACCCCGCCGCCCUCGACCGCUCCCUCUCCGCCCUCGGCCGCCGCGUCGACGCCGUCGUCUGCUGCCUCGCCAGCCGCUCCGGCGGCGUGCGCGACUCGUGGAAGAUCGACUACGCCGCCGCGCGCAACACCCUCCUCUCCGCCCGCCGACUCGGCGCCGCGCACUUCGUCCUACUCUCCGCCAUCUGCGUCCAAAAGCCGCUCCUCGAAUUCCAGCGCGCCAAGCUCAAAUUCGAAUCCGAGCUCCAGUCCCUCGCCGCCGCCGACGAGAAUUUCACCUUCAGCAUCGUCCGCCCCACCGCCUUCUUCAAGAGCCUGGGCGGGCAGGUCGAGACCGUCAAGGGCGGCAAGCCCUAUGUCAUGUUCGGCGACGGAAGGCUGUGCGCGUGCAAGCCCAUCAGCGAGGAGGAUCUCGCCUCGUUCAUCGUCGAUUGCGUUCUCGAUGAGGAUAAGAUCAACAAGAUCCUGCCGAUCGGAGGGCCUGGAAAGGCGCUGACGCCGUUGGAGCAGGGGGAGAUGCUGUUCCGCUUAUUGGGCCGAGAGCCGAAGUUCUUGAAGGUGCCGAUUGGGAUAAUGGAUUUCGCGAUCAACGUGUUCGAUGUUUUGUCGAAGGUGUUCCCGUCAUUGGAGGAUGCGGCGGAGUUUGGGAGGAUAGGAAGGUAUUACGCCGCGGAGAGUAUGCUAGUGCUCGAUCCGGAGACAGGGGAGUAUAGCGCGGAGAAGACGCCGAGCUAUGGGAAGGAUACAUUGGAGGAUUUCUUUGCGAGGGUGAUAAAGGAAGGAAUGGCGGGGCAGGAAUUGGGGGAGCAAACCAUCUUCUAGGGUUACCCACGGCGAUGAGAGGUGGCAAAGGUGAGUUCUUGCUAAUCAAUUUGUUGAUACUUGGAUCAAAUUCUUGUUCUUUUGGCAAAUUUAAUUGUACAAUAUGUGCAUUAGAAUGGCUUAAAAUUAUGAAACAAAUUUUGCACUGCAGUACAUGCGAAUGUAAAUCCUGAGCUAAUUUGUAAUCUACUGUAUAUUUUAGCAUGAUUUUUGUGAGACCUCUCUUUUGUGGAAAUAGGAAAAAGAUGUGGUGGUUACAUUUA